GGGUGAGGGGGGUUGUUGCUCGGGCAGACGGCUAUGUUCUUUAAACGCCUUUUCUUAGGGCCGGCAAUAUGGUGUGUGCCACUAAACUCUCCUGACGGAAUUUAAUGUAAUUAAGGGAUUACAGUGCUGCCGCUCUGAGGCUGGAAAUAUUUACUACUAUACCGACGACGGAGGUGUUUUCAUGCUUUGGUGCACAGUCAGGACGUGGGGUGAUCUGACCGGGUCUUACAGCGUUUUAAAACCCUCCGUUUUGACAGCAUAGAUUAAUCUGACAGUUAGUGGGCAAAGGAGAUUUUCCGUCGAGAAGCGGAGCGCUUUACGCACAGCCGAGACGCACAAGUGGAGAUGACAACAGCAAAGUCGAAGAGGAUACACUGAUAUCUUUGGGGUUUGACAGUUCCCAGAGGCUCUAAAAAAGAAAGGCAACCAACUUGUCGAAAACCUUUUACUGUUAUGUCUGUCUCCUCUCUGCCGGAAUGGAAACAACUCCUGCUGGAGAAAAAGCGGAAAGAGGAGGAGGAGCGAGAGAGGAGAGAGAAAGAAGAGGAAGAAAAGUUGGCCAGCAUGCCCGCCUGGAAGCGAGGAAUCAUUCAGCGGAGGAAGGCGAAGCAGGACAGUUUGGGCGACAGGGAAAAAGAGAGAGACGUCUGUCUGCUGCAGGUGGACGUCAGAUCUGCAUCUGAUGGUCUAAGUGACACAGACAGCCUUGUGACGGUUAAUUUGGGAAGCGACAUGUCACUGAGUCCAGAUUCAGGGCCAUGGCUGGAUGGAGAUGUCAAACCAGCAAGUCAGGUGUCCAUAGAAACUAUUGUCCCAGUUCAUGAAAACCCAUUUAUUCGCACGCAGAGUGCAUGGAGGAAGGGCAGGGAUGCAGAAGGAGGGAACGAGCCAGAAAUCAAGGAGAGGGAAAAAGACAAAUUGAGCCCCAGGGGUCAAGAGGGGGAGUUGGGAAGAGGAAGAGAUAUAGAGCUGAAAAUAGAGAGAUUCAGAGACUUAAGUGAGGGACGGGAAAAAGAAAGGAGCAGGGACAGAAGUCAAGGGAGAGAAAGAGAGAAUAGCAACCAGUGGAAAGAGUCAGUUAAAGAUACAGCUAGAGAGCAGGAAUUCCUCAAAGUAAGAAAAGAUGAGGAGGAAAAAGAAACAGAUCCACCAGCUAGUGCAUUUUCACCCCACGUUCCUUGUCUCCGGACCAUCCGUGCUGACAACAUCAUCAUCAUUGAGCAGGACAGGAAAGGCAGUGAUGAGAGAAGGGGUAGAUGGAGAGAGAUGGAGAAGGAGAGGCCCGAGGAGGAGCACCAGGGGAAGAGAGGGAUGAAGAUGGACCUUAGGGAGAUCCUGGCUGGAGGGGGAAGCAUCACAGAGAUCCGAGCUUCUGAGGUUCUGAUCAUAAAGCCCUCGGCAAGCCCAGAAGAGAGGAGUCCAGAAGGAGGAGGAGGGAAAGGUUCGAGUAGAGAGGAUGGAGAGAAGUGCAGCAUGGAUGAGAGGAGGGAAAGUUUGGGCAGGGAGCUCAGAACAGACAUGUCCUGGCUGAUAGAAAAAGAGAAGGAGAGACCAUGGGGCCAGGCAACAGUUAUCAAAGAUGGCAGGAAGGACAGUUUGGACGAUAACGUGUUCGUUGAUAGAGGAGGGAGGGUCAGCCAGCUGCUGAGUAAAUUCGGACAGCACCCCAAGCCUCCUGCUCGAUCCAAAAGCUCUGAUAAUUUCCUGCGGCCUGGGAGGAGAAAAAACUCAGGAGAUGAAGAUGAGCAGCAAUCUGAGGUGGAUGAGAGGAAUCUGCUGCUGAAAGGUGUACCGAAGCGUUCGUUUAGCUUCUCCGAGCGGGUCAUCUGUGCUGAGGAGAACGGUUUAGAUAAUGAUAGGUAUAACGAGAGGAAAACGCGUGAGAGGAUAGACUCAGACAAGAGCAUAGGGCCAUGGGUUGAUGUCGCAGGCUUGGGGAAAGAAACCACAGCAAAGGUCAAAUCCGGCUGCACAUGGCUUUUAGAUAAAGACCAGUUUGGAAAGCAUAGAGAUGGACAUUUAAAAACUGAGGAUGAAAAGGUGGAGAACAUGCAGAGGAGAAAUGAAGCAGAAAUGUGUAUCUCCAUCCCACACAGGAGCGAGGUUGUCAUGAGGGCUGUGGAGAGGGCAGGUGAUGCAGAUGGAGAAGAGGGGUUCACAGUGGCGUCAGUCAAAAACACAGAGGGAAUCUCGUUUGCUAGAAGAGUUGCGAUCAAACAGGACGGGAAAGCAAGAGCUGAGAGAGAGUUGAAGCGACAGUCAGGUGAGAAAGGUCCAGAGAGGGAGGUGAGUGUAGAAAAAGUUGCAGAGUUAGAAGUGAAAGUUUGCGACAAAAAGGUGUCCGAUUUUCAGAGGGACGAGGGAAGCACAAUCCCACCUGAAACUUUGCAGAAAAGUCAAUCAGCAUUCACAGAGUGCUCCAGUCUGCUCUGUGCUGUCACAAAUAGAGCAAGAGACCCCCACAGAGGGCCGGAGUGGGGUGGUGCAGGGCCACAGGGACCUUACCUACACUCCGUUUUGUCUCAACACACAGAGGAGCUUAUAAGUAAAAUAGAAAAAAUUGGAGACACAACUGUUUAUAGCAAUGAGAAAGGAGAAAGAUCUUACAAGCCUGCGUAUGAAGUGACCAAAGGGUCAGAUCUGGAUGUUGGAUCAGACAACCUCAUUCAUGAAGCAAUCCCAAGAUCUCCAAAAAGGAUUGCACCCAUGGGAAUCUCCCCAGGUCCCCUCGAGAUUCAGAUCCCCAGAAGUGUGUUUUAUGUUGCAGAAGAAAUGUUGGAGAGAAAAAAGGCCGUGGGUCAAAGCGACGAGGGGCAAGACUUGGAAAAAGGUAAAGGGGUUGAGCGGAGGGAUAGCUGGAGGAUCGGGAAACCCCUGAGCCGCAUCGAGUCUCUGCGAGAGAAAAUAAGACAACGAGAGCUGGAGAGGCUGAAACAAAGAGAGGCGCAAGAUGGAGGCGGGACUGAAGGUGCAGAGAUAAAUGACACUCAGACAGCCAGGGAUGAGAGGGGAACUGAAAUAGAGAAAGAGUGGGACUCUGCAGCUCAUAUGCGGAAGAAGCUGGGCGAGGUGGAGAAGGGACAGGAAGAUGCAGCAGUGCAGACAACCACGGCUGCAUUUGACGUCACACAGGAAGUCAGCGUGUUGAAAACCUGCCCUCAACUUCCUGUUUCUGUCCCACACUCACAAGCUGUCAGAGAGGAAGUAACAAGCACCACUGCUGCCUCCGAAGUUACCUCUGACAGCUUCCAGAUAUCUGAGGAUGAAGACGACCCCCUCAAACAUGUGGAAGAAGAGCUGAGGUGCCACAGGGGCCAACACGAGAUCAGAGAAGACGAAAGGGAGAAGGAGGAAGAGAAGGAGCUCUCAGAAGAGGAGGUAGAGGAAUAUACAUCCCCUCUUGAUCCUGUGCAGUCUGUCUCCCCUUUGCCGUCUCAUCCCAACUCCCUCGCAGCCAUGAGCCGGAUCUACAACUUGGAAACUGUUGGCUCGAGGUCGGGCUUGUGUCUGAGGGAGAGGACUGUGGACAUCCCAUCAGUGCACCUUGUUAAAGUGAAGCCCAUCAUGUCAAACGCUCAGCAGGGGGACAGCAAAGCAUUCUCAGGUGAGGACAUUUGCGGGGUUCAGACAAUACAGCGACAGAUAGAGCAGUUUCAGCUGAAAGAGCAGGAAAAGUCUUAUACGUCACCAAACGCUCCUCUUAAGGACAAAGAGACAAAAGGGCAGCAAAGCCCCAGAGGAGUGUUAAAGCACCAGGUGAAGGACAAUGCCAAGACCUCAGAGAAAGAUAAGGAAUCACCAGGAACGAACCCCAAAAUGUCUCCUCGGCGUGUUUGUUCUCUGACAUCUCAGCUCAAGCAAUGUAACCAAACUACCACCAUCACCCCCUCAUUUCUCAGGAGCCAAUCCCCGGACAAUACUUUGAAACCCUCAGAUUCUGCCCCGACACCGGCCUCCUCCCCUAGCUCCCCAUCUCCUGCCCAGUCUCCUAGUAUCUCUCCAUCUCCAACCCCAUCACCCCCACUCUUCUCUAUCAGGAGUGCCUCUGGAGGCCAAGUGAAGAGAGGUGCCACCAUCACAAUCACCCCAAAAAAGCCUGCAGGAGGAGGAGGGGGAGGAGUGACGGGGCCCACCACCGGGUCCACGGCAGCAGCGUCAAAAUCUGCAAAGACCUCAUCGCAGCAGGCCCAGGUGACCUCUGCAGUGGCCGAGCCAGCGAAGAAGAAGUACCCUACAGUGGAGGAGAUCGAAGUGAUUGGUGGAUAUCAGAAUCUAGAGAAUUCGUGUCUGGUCAAGAAAGGAGGGACCCCGAAAAGGGGAAAGGUGUGUUUCGAUGAGGACCAGCUGGAGCAGGUGUGUGAGUACCCAUCAGAGACCUCCAUGCUGGCGUGUACCCCCUACCCUCAUGACCUGUGGAAGAUCGAGAGGCCGCAGGGAAAGGAGGCGCAGGAGGAAGAGGCUGAAGUGGACGGAGGAGCAGUUGUGUCCAAAAGCACAAGGAACGUGGGGAUUGCAACAGGAGGGGGUCUAAGAGUGGGUCAGUGUCACCCCAUUCUCAAGAAACACAACGUGUGAUGAGUGAGAUUAUGGAUUCAGAUUGUUUUGCCAUUCAUGAUGUCUCACUGUGAAACUGUUGAUAGGUUUGGACUUUUCACAGGCUAAGAUGGUGUUUCUUUUCUGUUUAUUUUCACUGUGUUCAAUUUUCCUUAAAUGAUGGGUCUGGCAAGAUACUGCAAUUUUGUUAUUGUCAACAAAUCCCAUGAAAAGACCAAAAUCAACAAUGAAUUCUUGUAUUUCUUUUGGAGUCAAAGCCUGAUUUAGCUGUUGUUUCAUACCAAAGAACGUGCACUGUGGUUUUAUUUUGAGUCAGUCCCACGUGUCAUUAGCCCCUUUUACACUGCCUCUUCAAGGCGAGAAUGUUGCGUCGUUAUUAUGCUUUGCCAUUCUGUAUAAAAGGUACAAUCACGCAAUUUGGGGUGACAUUACAACACAGAGUUGUCUCACCUUUAAGCCAGUAGUAACAGCAUUGAAUCGCCGUCUGUGUAAAAGGGACUGCGGGCAGGACACAACCGCUGACAGGACGAGUUUGACAUGUAAUGUGUGCGACCCACCAUUGGGAGAUUUACUUAGCAGCUAGAAGCAGCUAGCAGCUAACUCAAAGAAAAAGAACAGCAGCUGAAAAUGUGCUCCUUACCCUCGGUUCAAAGCAAUGAAGAGGCUUCGUUCUGGCCCUAUUGCGGGAUCACUGUGUAAAAGGGGCUAUUAAUAGCCUAGUCAUUGCCACAACAAGUGCCCAGCUGUUUUAGUACAUUAUGGAGCCUUUUUAAGGUUUAACCAUGUAAUUGUGACCCUUUUAAAUAUGUAUAUAUAUAUAUGUAUAAGUGUUCAGAAGUAGUUAAUUGGCUUGGGGCUGAGGCCACAGACUGGUUAGUAAAAUAAGAAAGAACUAGGAGACGGACUAAACUCUUAUCAGUCACAAAAGUUCUCCAAACUUAUUUUUAUUUUAUGUUCACCAUGCUCAUUAUUUCCCCCUUACUUUUUGUUCUCAGGAAUAGAUAUCAUUUCAGUGUUGUAAGGGGGAAAAAACCUCUAUGAGCUAGCAGCUAACAGACAGUUAGCAAGCUAAAUGUCACUCAUGAGUUUGAUUACUAACGUAACAAUAACUUUACAGUUUAUUCAACAGAUGUUUGUACCAUUGACUCCUGUCUUAUGUCUGUUUGCAAACCAUUUCUCUUGUGUGGAGCAGUCCUACUCUGACAUUCAUUUUACGUAACCAGCUCCGAGCUGUCACUGGCUGAGAGGCUGGGUACAGAUUAUCAGGGCAGACAUAUAGAGACAGACAACCUUUCACAUUCACACCUACAGGCAAUGUAGAGUCACCAGUUAACCUAAUGUGCAUGUCUUUGGACUGUGGGAGGAAGCCAGAGAGCCCGGACACAGGGAGAAAAUACAAACUCUGCGCGGAGGGUCUCCCCCACCCACGGAUUUGAACCCUCUACCUUGGGUUUGAACCAGGAACUCUCUUGCUGUGAGGCAACAAUGCUCACCACAGCACCACUGUGCCACCUCAGAAGACAUUAAAUAAAAGUUGAUGGUACAACAUCUAAUCAGCUAAAGGUACAUUAGCUCUCUCCAUUUUAGAGUCUUAGGUUAGAUUUUGCUGGGAAAUUUUGUCAUUUUAAACACUGGUCUUUUCCGGGGAUUUAUCAACAGUAAUAUGGAUGAAUGCCAGCCGUCAGUAAACAAACUGACCAGUUUUCAGAGUUUUUGCAAAUGUUAGCAGGUUAGCAGCGUGGGCAAGCUUGAUAAAGAGAAGAAAAUAAACGAUUCCAAAUUGCAACACAACACUGGUUUUAAAUGCAGCACUGCCAAAUGUAGGUUUGGUUACAAUGUUAAAAUGUUAUUAGAGAGCAAAUGGAAUGGUAUGGUUGCAUUUAUGGUCAACACAAAGCCAUAAAUGUCACUGUUGGUGAAUGGGAUGAAGUCAGCUCCAAAGAUGUAAAAUAAAAUAAAAGUCCUCGAUUCACCUAAUUUACCUUCCAUUUCCGUCUCUCUGUCUUCCAGAUGAGUCUUGUCCUCUGUAGAAGCCAGUCAACUUCGCCAAAAUUGCCCAUGUGACGAGAUCGCCAACAUUUUGUUGAGCGUUCAUUAUGACAUGAUUUUUACUGUUUUGUUCGGUUUGAAUUGUUGAAUUGGCUGUUUGUAAUCCUUGUGGUGUUAUGUUUUUAUCUAGCAUCAGAAUGAAUGAGUGUUUUGGAAGACAUGUACAGUACAGUUUGAUUUAUGCAGUUGAACAUGAUUGUGUUUGCUGGGGGAAAUAUUUCACCCAGUUUUAUUUUCAGGGAAACUGGGGGAGAAAUGUGAAUGUAUAAAUGCGGUACAUACUAUAAAAGUCCCUCAGGUGUGCACUGGUGGGCGCUGAAGGAUCACUUGUCUAUGCAAUAUAAUGAUAAGAUUUUAUUUUUUAGUUUAGUUUUAAUUACUUUCUAUAUUUAAGUCUGCCUCAGCACAGAAGAGUGAUGUUUAUAUCAUCUUGUUUCAUGUGCCUGCUGGAUUUGCCCAUACAGAUGAUAUAAAGAUCAAUUUAUUUAGAUAUUUGAUUUUUCUUGUCUGAAGCCUUUUUGGAAAAACCUCCUCUCAGUGGGUGCUGAACUUUGCAGGGAUAGGGGUGGUGCAAUCUGUGCAGGACAGUUAAAGGUCUGUGUGUUUUGUGGGGUCUAAUUUAAGCCUUACUGUUCACAGUGACAACUCUGGUAACAGCUCAUGUUUAUGGAUACAAAUAAAGGGACUAUUUUGUUAUUUCUGUGUGGAAGUGGAGAGAGCUCUGUGAGUUAAAGUCCCUGAGAGGAAGCGUAGUUGAUAAACAUACAUAUAAACAAUUAACAGAUUAACUUUUUCAUUUUGCAGCUGCUAUCAGACUUUUGGCUGUAUUACAUUUAUGAUACAAUACACAUAUAAUAUACAGAGUGUUUCUUGUUUGUAAAUUAAUAUUUUAAUUGGUAGGAGAAGAAUAAAUUCCAUGCAAAUUGUUUUUUCUAUGAUGGUGGAAGAAGCUGGCUUCAAGAGAAUAAAUCUAAUAAAUAUCUCUGCAAACA